CCCCGUGGUAUCAAUUAUCAUCGUCGCCUACGUCUUUCUUUAAAAUGCGUGGUACUGUUUUUUGACCUUUCGCAAUCUGGAUCUAGGGUUUCCUCCCCUCCGCUUCUCUUCUCCCCGCCUCCCACCACCACCACCACCACCACCAGCUUAAAACAUACCAUCACAGCUGAAACAGACAGAGAACAGACAUUCACAGAACGCAAACCGUAGCUCCGCCGCUUUCCGCAACCCCUCUGUCGCCGUCGACACCUGUUUCGUAUUACGAAAUCUAGACCCUGGUAACAUACGAAGCAAUCGAAGAAGAUCGAUUCCGGUCGCCGGCGGUGCGAUUCGGAGGGAAACCGGCGUGGAUUCUUCUUCCUCGAAUCUUAUUAUUAUCAUCUUAAACACGAUUUGAGCCUUAAAAAAGGAAAUUUCCCUAUUCCAACCUUCCUUUUUCUCUUUCUGUCUAUGUCCUGUAACUUUUCGAUCGAUUCGAUGUGGACGAAGGCCAGGACGGACUUCCGAUUCGCUCGGACUUUUGUAUUUGGAUUUUGACUCUUGUAAGAGGAAACGAGUCUCCGCUGAAAACCUAGUCUUAAAAAGAAAGAAAUUGCAAUCCCCCCCUACCGGAAUCGAGAUGUCGAUGACGACGAUGUCGAAAUCGGCGGUGGUGUAUAGAGGGGAGGAGAUGGUGGGGGAAGUGGAGAUAUAUGCGCAGCAAAGGGAAGGAGAAGUGGUGGUGGACGGAGAGAACAAGAGCUUCAACUUGAGGAACAAGAACAGGGUAAUUGACGAGAUUCUGUUUGCCGGCAGGGAAAUCAGAAUAACGCACUUCUCCCCGGCGAGUGAGAGGUGCCCGCCGCUGGCAGUGUUGCAUACCAUUACCUCUACUGGGAUACUAUUCAAAAUGCAGCCCAGGAAUCCGCCGCUGUUACAGCAGCAGCAGCAGCAGCACACGCCGCUGCAUUUCUUGCACUCUGCACUUAUCCAAGACAACAAGACUGCAGUGAUGCGGGUAGGAGGGGAUGAGCUCCAUUUGGUCGCUAUGCAUUCCCGGACUAGUGAAAGACCAUGUUUCUGGGGAUUCCUUGUUGCAGCAGGACUAUAUGACUCUUCUCUUGUCAUGUUGAACCUGAGAUGCCUUGGCAUUGUAUUUGAUCUUGAUGAAACUCUUAUCGUUGCAAACACAAUGAGGUCAUUUGAAGAUAGAAUUGAUGGAUUGCAGAGGAAAAUAAGCAUCGAGGCAGACCCACAGCGGGUUUCAGGUAUGCUGGCUGAAGUGAAACGUUAUCAGGACGACAAGAACAUAUUGAAGCAAUAUGCCGAUAAUGAUAUGGUUACUGAUAAUGGGAAGGUGUUGAGAGCUCAAUAUGAGAAUGUCCCUCCACUGUCCGAUAGCCAUCAGCCUAUAGUGCGUCCGUUGAUUAGGUUACCAGACAAGAACAUUAUUCUGACUCGCAUUAAUCCACAGAUUCGCGACACAAGUGUUCUUGUGAGGUUGAGGCCUGCAUGGGAGGAUCUGCGAAGUUACUUGACUGCUAGAGGUCGCAAGCGUUUUGAAGUUUAUGUCUGCACAAUGGCUGAAAGAGAUUAUGCUUUAGAAAUGUGGAGGCUACUUGAUCCAGAGUCAAAUUUAAUAAACUCUAAAGAACUUUUGGACCGCAUUGUGUGUGUCAAGGCUGGUUUAAGGAAGUCAUUGUUCAAUGUCUUCCAAGAUGGAACCUGCCAUCCUAAGAUGUCAUUGGUGAUUGAUGAUCGUUUGAAAGUUUGGGAUGAUAAAGAUCAACCUCGGGUGCACGUUGUUCCUGCAUUUGCUCCAUAUUAUGCUCCCCAAGCUGAAGCAAAUAAUGCAAUUCCAGUUUUAUGUGUUGCAAGAAAUGUUGCAUGCAACGUUAGAGGUGGUUUUUUCAAAGAUUUUGAUGAGGGUCUUCUGCAAAAAAUGUCUGAGAUUUCAUAUGAAGACAAUAUUUCAGAUAUUCCUUCUCCUCCUGAUGUGAGCAACUACUUGGUUUCAGAGGAUGAUCCCUCAGCUUCAAGUGGAAACAGAGAUCCGCUUUCAUUUGAUGGCAUGGCAGAUGCUGAAGUUGAACGACGACUAAAGGAAGCAGCUUCAACUUCUUCAGUCUUACCUCCAGCAGUCCCCACUCUGGAUCCAAUGCUUGUAUCAUCUCUUUACACGAUGGUGUCUUCUUCACGAUCAAUUCCACUGCCAACGACACAGCCAUCUGUCGUCCCAUUUCCUAAUGCACAGUUUGCACAGGUACCUUCAUUAGCUAAACCUUUAGGUCAGGUUGGUCCAGCAGAUCCAAGCUUUUCUAGUUCUCCUGCUAGAGAAGAAGGCGAGGUUCCAGAAUCUGAGCUAGAUCCUGAUACGAGAAGGAGACUACUUAUAUUGCAACAUGGGCAAGAUUCGAGAGACCUGCCUCCUGUUGAACCUCCAUUCCCGGGGAGACCUCAGGUACAAGUUCCAGCACCACGUGUGCAAUCUCGUGGAAGUUGGGUUCCUGCAGAGGAAGAGAUGAGCCCUAGACAGCUGAACAGACCAGUACCUAGAGAAUUCCCGCCAGAGCCUGAGCCAAUGCAUCUUGAAAAGCACCGACCUCAUCAUCCCUCUUUUUUCCCUAAGGCUGAUACUUAUAUUCCACCUGAUAGAAUGGUUCAUGACAAUCAAAGAAUGCCAAAAGAGGUACCUUACAGAGACGACAGGCCAAGGUUAGGACAGACCUUGUCAAAUUACCAGUCUUUCCCAGGUGAGGCUAUGCCAUUGAGUCGUUCAUCUAGCAAUAGAGACCUUGACUUUGAUAUGGAAAGACCUGUUUCAACUGCAGAAUCUCCCGUGAGAGUGUUGCAGGAUAUUGCAAUGAAGUGUGGUACCAAGGUGGAUUUCAGGCAUUCUUUGGUUGCUAGCAGGGAUCUACGGUUCUCAAUUGAGGUUUGGUUUGCUGGAGAUAAAGUUGGUGAAGGUAUUGGCAGGACUAGAAGGGAAGCCCAACAUGAGGCAGCUGUUGGUUCUCUGAAGGCUCUUGCUAGUAUGAUUUCUGGCUAAUACCAGUCAUUUAUUUUUGGGAAUAAUACAUCUGGUUCUUGUAAUCUGGAGUCCAAUGAAGUUGAUGUUCUUUCAGCUUUCAAAAUGGAGUUACUUGAUGCCAUUGGAAAUCUGACACGUGUACACAUUUCUAUGCAAGGCAUGUACACUUCACGUUCAUUGCCAGAUUCUGUAUCUUUGCAUGGAGAUACAAUGAGAUAUUCUGGUGUCAACGACAAUGGUUUCUCUGGUAAUGUCGGUUCAUUUGGGGAUGAACCAGCUCCAAAGCAAGAUAUGGUAUCGUUUCCUCCCCUGGAUCCGAGGUUUGAAGGCUCAAAGAGAUUCGCGGGUUCAGUUACUGCCCUCAAAGAUUUUUGCAUGAUGGAAGGCCUUGGGAUGAGAUUUCUCCCAGAGACUCCCAUGUCAGUUAAUUCAGACGAAGUCUAUGCACAGGUUGAAGUUGAUGGACAACUUAUGGGAAAGGGAAUUGGAUCUACAUGGGAUGAAGCUAGAAUGCAGGCUGCUGACAAGGCCCUUGGAAGUCUAAGAACAAUGUUUGGUCAAUCGACACCGAAGCGUCAGGUCUCCCCUAGGUCUGUGCAAGGUAUGUCAAACAAACGUAUGAAGCCAGAUUUUUCGCGAAUGAUGCAGCAGCGGAUGCCCUCGUCUGCUCGAUACCCAAAGAAUGCCCCUGCUGUCCCUUGAAGAGCCUUACCAUUAUUCCCGCUUGUUCCAGUUUUGAUCUAGAGAAGCAACUGUUGAAAAAGAUCCUAAUCAGCCAGCUGAAUAGUUGGGGCACUUGAUUGCCUUUUCCAUUGAUCAAGGAUCUGAUUUCGUCGGCGCUCGGUUCGAGGCUUAUGUCCAAUUUACUGUUGUGAGGGAGACCUCAUUCUGUCUGAAGAUCACCCAUUCAACAGAUUCAGUUGCGCCUCUGUUUUAUUGAAGGUUCUUCCUCUGCCACUAUCCGGCAGCAGCCUUUUGCACAAUGACUGGGGCGGGUGUGUGAUCGAGGCUAGUGUUGAAUCGUGGUCGAGGAUUGUCACCCUAUCUGCAAUGCGGACAGUGGCUGGAAGAACCAUAUUUGACUUGGAAGACGUUUUUGUAUAUUGAUAGACAUAAGCAGGGAAGCGGCAAUUGGGCAAAUAGCAAACAGGCUUCGUCUCCAGACCACUGAUCUGGCCUCUUCCACGGUGUUGGUGUCGAGGCUUGUAGAUUAACCUCGGCUUUAGCAUGGAGCUGCCGACUAUCCGCACAGUUCAGCUUUCGUCUCGGUGAUUGUGCAGUGGUAGCAGCAACCGAAGAUUGAAGUUCCUCUUCUCCCCCAGUCCCGUUACCAUUGGGACAGUGUCUCUAGUGUACUAGAAUGGCUAGUCUUGUAGAGUAGUUUGUAUUGUUAUCUGGGUUGAUUGCCCAGAAUUGUUUUGUCCCCCGUGGGAAGCCUGAGUAAUUGCUGAAGUGUGUUCUACAGGCAGGGGAGUUAAUGGGCUAAAAGGUGUUCUACAGGCGGGGGAGUCUAAAGGGCUAACUCAUUGUAAUUGCUAAAGAGCCCAAGGUGACGAGCAGGCCCAUGAUCCUCGGCAAUACUUGACCCGUUAUGGAUUGGAGAUGGGUAGAGAUGUAAUUUGACGUUGUAAAGAGGAAAGCCAUGAAAUAUUCUCUUACCAGAUUUUUUCUGGAUUUAAUAUAAGUUUGUAAUGUAAAUUCGCUGCUGUUAAUUAAUAAUUAUUCUAUGAUUAGUUUUAUUGAUC